UCAGACAAAAUGGCUAACGAUUAUAUAAUCAACAAAUGGAAACUUUGGUUCCGAUCUAUUGAUAUAAACCGUAAGGGAACGAUCUCUAGAGCCGACGUCAAACAAGAAGAGGACACCUUGGCUACAUUGAGUCAUUUAGAUGAUGACAGGCGUAAGCAAUUGCAAGUAAACCUUGACAAAAUAUGGGACGAUAUAGUGUUCCGAGGAAAAGAACCGAUUAACGAGCAAACUUUUGUUGCAAUGAACAUCCAGGAUUACACGACAAACAAACAAAAAUUUGUUGAGGAAGUGAGAAAAGCGUAUACUGCGUUCUUUAAUCUUGUCGAUGUCAGUGGAGAAGGUUCUAUUUCCGAGGAGGAGUUCGUAAACAUGAUGAAGGCAUGUAGUCACAACAACAAUGCUUUAAAUAAAAAAUUCUUCGAGGAUUACAACCCUGUUGAUGGCAAGAUUGCAUGUAAUGCCCUCGUUGAUUCCUGGGUGCAAUUCACGUCAUGUGAUGAUAGUUCGAAGAAAGACCUUAUCAAAGAAGCUAUUGAAGGUGGUAUUUUAGGAUGUAAAUCUUCCAUUCAAUAAAACAUC